AUGAAGUACUUACAUAGAAGCAACUUCUUAGCAACUGGAGUUCCCGAGUAUGAAGUAGCUUCCAGUUUUCAUGAGAGAGAUAGAUGCAUGUGCUUGUUGAUCCUACUGCUAUCUAACUUUCAAAAGUCGGACAGACUGAAGAGUUUGAAAGAUUUAUGGAUGUGCUACCCAGCUGUGCUUCAUCAUCGUUUUCACCAGCUCCUGGUUGUCAUGGCUUAUGACCGUUACAUCACCAUCUGCAACGUUCUGCUUUACCCAGCGAUGGUGUCGAGAAAGACAUGGUUCCAACUGCUGGCAGGUUCCUUUUUAAGAGAGAGCCUGUGUUCUUUGAUCCACACCAGCUUUACCUUCCGGCUAUCCUUCUGCCACUUCCACAUCAUCUGCCAUUACUUCUGUGAUAUCCCUCCUCUGUUAGCCCUUUCUUGCUCUGACACCUGUGUAAACAAAAUCCUGAUUUUUGCUGUAGGGAGUUUGGAAGUGGCAGUCUCACUUUCGACCAUCUUCUCUUAUCUAUUCAUUCUCGUAACCAUCCUGAGGAUCCACUCGGCCGAGGGCAGACACAAAGCCUUUUCCACCUGCACCUCCCACCUGACAGCCAAUGUUCUAUUAUAUGGGACGCUGAUCUUCACGUACUUGUGCCCCAGCUCCAGCUCUGCGCUGGAUCAGAGCCGAUGGUGUAUAUGUUCUACAUGA